AUGGCACCACGCCCCCUCCUCUCCCUCUUCCAACGCCAAGCUCGGCUCCUCCGCACGCCUCAAUCCUACCGCCGCUUUGCAACCCAUCCCACACCGUCGCCAACCUCCGCCUCGCGCAUCGACCGCUUCAACCGCCGCCUUCCCAAGUUCCUGCACAGAUACACAUCUGCCCUCGCCACUGCACCGCUCUCACACAUCACUUCCUUCCUGAUUCUGCACGAACUCACCGCCAUCAUCCCACUCCUCGGCCUCGCUGCGACGUUCCACUACACGCACUGGCUGCCCUCAUGGUUCGCAGAAGGCGCAUGGGUGCUUGCCGGCGUGGAGCGGUUCGGGGCGUACUUCAAGCGCAAAGGCUGGAUCCGCAGCGAGGACGUGGUGGAGGCCGAGGCCGAGGUCGGGGAGCGGCGGCGGCGGGAUCGCGCGUGGAGCCUAGGUGAGGGCGGGGCGAGGGUGCUGGUUGAGUUCGCGACCGCGUAUACGAUUACCAAGGCGUUACUGCCAUUGAGGAUCAUGUUUAGUGUUUGGGGGACGCCCGGGUUUGCGAGGUGGGCUGUUUUGCCGGUUGUCAGGAGGGUGAAGACGGUGUUUGGGAAGGGGAAGAAGCCGGAUGUUAAGCAGGCGGCGGGGGCGGGGGCUACUGAGGGUGGUGUUGUGCCGCUCAAAAAUAUUGUCAAGGGCAGUGAGAAUGGAAGAUAG